AUGGAUAGGAGGCAUCAUUAUAUUAAGGGUGCAAAUACCCGUGAAGGAGAUGAGUCUGGAAAGCCAUGUGCAUUCUACGUCGAAGACCCAGUCGCUCAUCUAUCCGAGGAACAUCGCCAAUAUCUUCUUUCGAAGCAUGGAACACUCGAUUUGGAACCUAUCCCUGACAUGACCGAUACCGAUCCAUACAAUUGGCCGCGAUGGAGGAAAAAUUUCAACUUGACCCUAGUCGCCUUCCACGCUAUGAUGGCCACAUUCACUGCCUCGUCGAUCCAAUCUGCAUUCGAAAAUAUCUCCGAGGACCUCGACGUCAGUAUGCAGCGAACCAGCUAUCUUGUCUCUCUCUUCAUCGCCGUGCUAGGCGGCGCGCCUCUCUUCUGGCGCCCGCUGUGUAAUCGAUAUGGUCGUCGCCCCAUAUUUCUGAUUUCUUUGAUCUGCAGCUUGAUUGGGAAUAUUGGCUGUGCGAAGAGUACUUCCUAUGCAACCAUGGGUCUCUCCCGUGCUAUUACUGCCUUCUUCAUCAGCCCUGCAGCUGCUAUCGGUAGCGCAGUUGUCGCGGAGACUUUCUUCCGGAAAGAUCGUGCUCGCUGCAUGGGUGGGUGGACGCUAAUGGUGACUCUGGGUGUGCCUUCUGCUCCAUUUAUCUUUGGUUUCGUUGCUUCGCGUGUGGGUUACCGUUGGAUUUACUAUAUCCUUGCAAUUGUCAACGCAACCCAAUUCCUCCUCUACUUCUUCUUCGGAUCGGAAUCACUUUACGUCCGCGGGAAUAUCCCUACCAACACCGUCAUCGCCGCCAAGCAGAGUCUUUUCAAAUUCCGCCGGAUCGACCCUACACCGUUAGAAUUCUGGGACUUCUUCCAACCUCUAAGCUAUGUGAUGAAACCAUGCGUGGUCAUCCCAGCCGUUGCCUAUGCAAUGAUCUUCCUUUGGGGCAGUGUCAUGCUUACAAUUGAGAUCUCCCAGAUCUACCCUGCCAAGUUCGGCCUGAACACCCAGCAGGUCGGUCUGCAAUUCCUCGGUAUUAUCAUUGGGUCUGUGAUUGGUGAACAGAUAGGCGGGUUCAUUUCCGAUCGCUGGAUGCUGAUGCGUCAGAAGCGGACCGGAGAACCAUCCCCGCCGGAAUACCGUCUUUGGUUAAGUUAUAUUGGCCAUGCUUUGACGAUCUGUGGUAUUGUCGUUUUCGCUAUCGAAAUCCGGGACUCUGGCGGUGUAUGGAAUAUCGCCCCCGUUAUUGGCGCUGCUAUUGCCGCUGGUGGUAAUCAAAUCGUUACUACCGUGGACAUUACUUAUGCGGUUGACUGUUACCGUGAGGAUGCUGCUAGUGUGGGUGUUUUUAUUACUUUGGUUCGGCAGACUUGGGGUUUCAUUGGUCCUUUUUGGUUCCCUGAGAUGUUUGAGGUUGUUGGUUGGGCUGGUGGCGCUGGUAUCGCCGUUGCUCUUGUGGUUGGUGUGAGUGUUAUUCCGACUGUCUUGGUUCAGUGGAGAGGAGCUUCGUGGCGUUGA